AUGUUCGGCGGCAGCUCAAGUCCGGCGGCCUCGAAGGAACCCAAAGACAUCGACGGUCAAGUCGACGGCAGUGGUAAAGCCCCCUCGCCCGACGCUGGCCCGGUCAAGGUUACCGAUCAAGCCGCCAGCGGCGAUAAGAGGAGCGGCAAUGGCAGCCCACCCGGCAGACAGGACACUGGCGGCUCGGCGGACAAGAAGCGUCGUGCCAGCGGUGUCCAAAGCAAGGCUAGCAGUCUUCUGGCAUCGGCCAAGCAGACUCUAAACUUUGGCAGCAGUCAUUCUGACGCUCCCACCCAGAGUCCUUUGCAGAAGCUUGGCAAGCAGGAUCCAGCCCUCGUUGUGCCUCAAGGCCCUCACAACAACUCGGCUGGCGAAUCUCACCCUGGUCCCCGAUCGACUUUUCGUGUUGGCGUUUGGGAAGAUAGGAACAAAAAAUGCCGUCGGACCAUGGAGGACACGCACGCCUUUCUCUACAACUUCCUACAGACCCCCGCUCCGGCCCUCGACACCAAGAUCGGCGAGCUCAAGGUGGAUGACAAGCCCGUGCAUCACGACGUGGUCGAGACGGAUAAUGGCUACUUUGCCAUUUUUGACGGUCAUGCCGGCACCUUUGCAGCUGAUUGGUGCGGCAAGAAACUUCAUAUCCUUCUGGAGGACAUUAUCCGGAGAAAUCCAAACAUGCCCAUCCCCGAACUCCUCGACCAGACCUUCACAACAGUCGACGCACAGCUUGAGAAGCUCCCGCUUAAGAACAGCGGGUGCACGGCUGCGGUUGCAGUCCUGCGCUGGGAGGAUCGGGUCCCGAGUGAGCGGUCUGCCACUGGAUCCCAGGCCAUUGCUCCCGCCACAAUUGCCGCGAGCAAGGCCAAGAGUUCCGAGGACGCGGCCACCGACAACAAGACGGACGCUGCAGCCGAGGCGACGCACGCCAAGCUCAAGGGUGCCGCUUUCCGCCAGCGCGUCCUGUACACGGCCAACGUGGGCGAUGCUCGCAUCAUUCUCUGCCGAUCCGGCAAGGCGCUGCGCCUUUCGUACGAUCACAAGGGCAGCGAUGAAAACGAGGGUGUUCGCAUCUCCAAGGCCGGCGGCCUGAUUCUCAACAACAGAGUCAAUGGCGUCCUGGCUGUGACGAGAGCGCUCGGCGAUACCUAUAUGAAGGAUCUCGUGACCGGCCAUCCAUACACGACAGAGACGGUCAUUCACCCGGAGAGUGACGAGUUUAUUAUUAUUGCCUGCGACGGCCUCUGGGACGUCUGCUCCGACCAAGAGGCGGUGGACCUCGUCCGCAACGUGGAGGAUGCUAGCACGGCAGCAAAGAACCUCGUGGACCACGCCCUCAACAGAUUUAGCACGGACAACCUGUCUUGUAUGGUGGUGCGGUUUGACAAGGCGGCGCUCCUCGAGAGCCAGAACGACAAGGACAACGCCAUCGGCGUUGAGCUCGCGACGCGUAGCGGCAAGUCCAGCGAGGCUGACAAGAUUGUGCGGGACACGAAACAAAAGAUUCUCGACGGCGACGUGCCUGCCGUUGGCGUUUCGGCUAGCAACAGCGGACGUGGACAGGAUCCUGGCUCGGCCCCAGACGACUUCAAACCCACGACACUCGACGGAACGGUGGAGGAGGAGCCAGGUCCCAUUGACGCUGCUGGCCCCGAGGAGACCUCCCCCGAGGUGAGCACGUCGGCAGAGAAUGCACCAAACGCCGCAAACACGGCCAAGGAGGAAUCCAAGGGCAGCACGUAGACUUUUCUGGCCCAUUCUUAGGUGUGGGUGAUCAACAGGGUAGCAGGACCGGUUCACAUGUGGCGAUCCUCCUGUUCCAGCGAAGAGGCAUUGGGAAACAUAAUGGGGGCUGGCGGUGUCUGGGCCGAGGGUGGAUCUGCGUAGCGCACUCAGCUGCAGGGGCAGAACAGAGUUCAAAGGAUUGCUUGCGCUCGUUGCAUGUACAACUUUCACCCUAUGACGCGACAACGAAUACGGCCAGGGGUUCGUUUUAUACAUACA